UUUGAAUUGGAAUUGUAUUUUGUUUGUUGUUGGAGUAUUGAGUUUUCUUACUUCUUCAGGUGCAUUCAACUAGAUAAUAGCAUGAAGAGUGGGACUGAGAGCAAGAAAAUGAGAAAGGCUAAUCGUGAAUCUUCAUUGGUGGAAGAAGAAGCCAGCAUGGGAGGAAACCCACUAGGAGAUGUGGCUUUAAAGAAAGGGCCAUGGACAUCUGCAGAAGAUGCAAUUCUGGUGGCCUAUGUCAAUAAACAUGGAGAGGGGAACUGGAAUGCCGUACAAAAGCACUCGGGACUUUCCCGAUGUGGGAAAAGCUGCCGCCUUCGAUGGGCAAAUCACCUAAGACCUGAUCUGAAGAAGGGUGCAUUCACUCCAGAUGAAGAACGACACAUUAUUGAACUCCAUGCCAAGAUCGGAAACAAAUGGGCUCGAAUGGCUGCAGAGUUGCCUGGACGUACCGACAAUGAAAUAAAGAACUUUUGGAAUACGAGAAUUAAGAGAUUACAGCGUGCUGGUCUACCGAUUUACCCUGACGAUGUGUGCCUCCAAGUACUAAAUGGGAAUCAAGAAGGUCAAAACAUGGGUAGAUUUCCAGUUGGGGACACCCAUGACCCUGAUCUCAUUCAAGCAGACAAUUUGGAGAUUCCAGAUGUAAGAUUUAAAAAUUUAGAACUCAAUCAGAGUCUAUUAUCUUAUUCGCCGACGCUUCUUGAUUUUCCAGCAGGCAAUGUGCUUAAUCAAAGUGUAGGUUCAUCCCAUAGUUACAGCUUUAUGUUCCCAACAAUGCAUCCUCGAAAACGACUACGAGAAUCAGAAGCGCCGUUUCCUGUAUUGGCUGGUAGUCUUAGUGGUGGUCCCCCUUCGUAUAACCAAUACGUGGACUAUGCUUCUGAGAAGAUUGCUGACCCCUUUCGUGUGUCCUCUUUGUAUGAUCCUGGGUUCGAUACCUGGGGCCAGAUGCCACUGGAUGCUUUUUCUGGUAGCCAUGCCCUUUUAAAUGGCACUUCUUCUUCUUCUGAGCCCACAUGUGGGGCUACGAAGUUGGAGCUCCCUUCACUCCAAUAUUCAGAAACUCAACAAGAUAGCUGGGGCACACCUGCUUCCCCACUGCCUUUGCUUGAGUCUGUUGAUACUUUAAUCCAAUCUCCUCCGACUGAGAAGAUCAAAUCAGAUUGCAUAUCCCCACGAAGCAGCGGUCUAUUGGAAGCGGUACUUUAUCAAUCGCAGACUUUGAAAAGCUCAAAAUUGUCUUCGCACCAGCAAAAUUCAGUCAUUUCUGAUUUUCCUGGUGACGUGGUGGAUGAUUCACCAUUGAAUCCUGGCAAGGCUGAAUGGAAAGUGUGUUAUGACCCAAACUCUCCUUUAGGCCAUUCUGCUGCAUCUAUAUUUAGUGAGUACACUCCUGUCAGCGGAAACUCAUUGAAUGAACCCCAAUCAAUCGAGAAUAUGCCAGGUUGCGAUGUUGAAAAGAAAGAAGCUCCUAGUCAGAUAGACUUUUCUCGUCCAGAUCUUUUACUUGGCUCAGGUUGGUUUGGGCAUUCCGGCAGGCAUGUUAAGGAUCAAUCCCUGCCAACGGACCCUAUAGAGGCUCUUCUUGGGGAUGAUGUUGAAAUGGUGCAGCGCUAACUCUUGUUCAUGAGUUAUCUUUACAUUAAAUUUUUUAUAUCCUCCUGGAACCUCAAUCACUGAUUUCUAUUUCUCUUCAAAUUUUGUGAACACUGGGAGGCUUUGGGGAUUUUUGGGUGGACAGUUUCCAUCUUGUAGUGACUCUGUAAGUAAAGAUUAUUAUUUAUGUUGUAGUAGUGCUUGUGUUGGAACAUUGCGCUUCCACCUC